AUGGUCGUUUUGGCAGCAUCGAUAUGCACUCGUGGAGGCAAGGCUGUCCUCUCGCGUCAGUUCCGGGAAAUUGCCCGGUCGCGCAUUGAGGCCCUGCUUGCCUCUUUCCCAAAGCUUGCAGAUUCGGGAACCCAACACACCACUGUAGAGCAAGACAAUGUGCGCUUCGUCUACCAGCCAUUGGACGAAUUGUACAUUGUUCUGAUCACCAACCGCCAAUCGAAUAUCCUCCAAGAUAUCGACAGCUUGCACCUAUUUGCCCAGGUCACCACCAGCAUUUGCAAGAGCCUGGAUGAGCGGGAGAUCACUCGCAAUGCUUUCGAGCUCCUCAGCGCAUUCGAUGAGUUGGUGACACUGGGAUACAGGGAGAAUCUAUCGCUUUCUCAGAUUAAGACUUUCCUGGAGAUGGAGAGUCAUGAGGAGAGAAUCCAAGAGAUUAUUGAACGGAACAAAGAAUUGGAGGCCAGUGAAGAGCGCAAGCGUAAGGCAAAGCAGUUGGAGAUGCAGCGCAAGGAGGCCGCUCGAUCAUCUCGUGGUGUACCCACAAGGACACCAACCUAUCCCGUCUACACACCUCCGUCGCGUCCAACAGUCCCCGAUACAUUCGACUCUUAUGAAGCCGAGAAGACAAAGACUUUCUCCAAGCCCAUUCCUACCCGGGGCAAGGGUAUGCAGCUUGGCAAGAAGUCAAAGGCUACUGAUAUCUAUGAGAAGGUCCGAGGAGACAUGGGCCACGAGAUUGAGGAGGAGAGCCCGCUUGUGACUCCCCAAGUCUCAUCCCCCAUGCCAGAAACCCAUUCUUCUCGCGAUUCCCUCGCAGUAGACCGUGAACCUAUCCAUCUCACCAUCGCAGAAACCAUCUCUGCCACGCUUUCCCGCGAAGGUGCCUUGAAAUCAGUUGAAAUCAAGGGCGACCUUCAACUUCGUAUCUCUGACGCUUCUUUCACCAAAUUGCGUCUUGAACUGCAAGCCAACCCUACCCAUGGCGCCCAGUUCCGAACUCACCCCAAUGUCGAUAAAGCCCUCUUCACCAGCUCCUCAGCAAUUCAGCUCAAAGACACCUCCAAGAGGUUCCCCACUAACAACUCUAUUGGUGUUCUGCGGUGGCGUGUGGCCAGUUCGGCUGAUAACACCGAUAUUAUUCCCAUUACAUUCACUGUCUGGGUGAACAAGGGUGCUGACUCGACCACCAUAACUGUGGAGUAUGAGCUCACCGGUUCAGAAAGCCUACAAGAUGUCGUUGUUUCUAUCCCGUACAGUGCAUCAGAACCCAUCGUUUCCAGUUUCGAUGCGAUUUAUGAAGUCUCUGGUGACAGACUUGACUGGAACAUCGGUGCUGUGGACGAAUCAAACUCGUCUGGUAGCUUUGAGUUCGAGUCUAUCGAGGGUGAUGAGGAUGUGUUCUUCCCAAUGAGCGUUUACUUCUCGAAGACACAGCCAUUUGUCGACGUGGAUGUCACGAACGUAUCUCUACUGGAUAUGGAUGGCGAGACUACCGGUUUCUCCAAGGAUAUCCGCAGCGUUGCGGAUAAUUUCCUUAUCGAGUGA